GAAACGGAACCUUGUGUUUACUUUUGGUUGCUCGACGGACGGAGCGGUUGUUAUUCAAAUGAGACCAAAUUUAGUCCUCUUUGUGACCAUUGUACAUUUGUAAUCAUAUUAUGCAAUUUUAAGUUGGGCCAUGGGUGUGCACGGACUUUGGAGGCUGCUGGAGAGCACAGGGAAACCCAUUAAUCCAGAGACUCUGGAGGGUAAAAUUCUUGCUGUUGAUAUCAGUAUAUGGCUGAAUCAGGCCGUGAAGGGCGUGCGGGACCGUGAAGGCAACAGUGUCCGGAACGCCCACCUUCUCACUCUCUUCCACCGCAUUUGCAAGCUGCUCUUUUUCCGCAUCAGGCCAGUGUUUGUGUUUGAUGGCGAUGCUCCACUGCUGAAGAAACAAACUCUGGCCUUGAGGAGGCAAAGGAAGGAAGAGUUGAGUCAAGAAUCCAAAAAGACGAAUGAGAAACUCCUAAAGACAUUCCUGAAGAGACAAGCUAUCAAAGCUGUGCUCGGAGAUAACAGUAAGGAUCCUCUACCAAGCCUAUCCAGUGUGAAGAGAAAUGAGGUGGAUGACAUGUAUGUUCUACCAGCCCUGCCACAGGCAGAUGAGGAGCAGAAAAGCAGUUCAGAGGAGGAGGAAGAGAAAGAGUCUGAAGAUGUGGUUGAUGAUAUGUAUCAGGGGGAGGAAUUUUAUGCGGACCCCAACUCUGUGGACAUCAACUCAGAGGAGUUUGCCUGCCUCCCACUUGAAAUGAAGCAUGAGAUCCUCAAAGACAUGAAAGAGUUUUCAAAAAGGCGUCGGACCCUAUACCACAAACCCCCUGAGCUCUCCAUAGACUUCUCCCAGUACCAGUUGUCCGGCUUACUGCACAGGAACAAACUGAAUCAACGUCUGGAGGGAGUGGAGAAAGAGAUGAACCAGUGCAGUGCCGGCAGCGCACCGCAGCUCUACGAACAGGACCAGCAGAAACGUGACGUUGAGUCACGUCGACUUGUUUCAGAAGACAACUCUCACUACAUCCUCAUUAAAGGUUCUACAAAAAGUAAAGCACCCUCAGAAGGCCAACCUGCCUCUGCACCCUGGACUGGGAACGCCCUGUCAGGCUUUAUAAAGCGAGCCGUGGACAAACCCAAGCCCUUGUGGUGUCUGGUCUCAGAGGAAGAAGAUAAAAAGCAAGUUUCCUGUUCAGAGGACUGUAAAGCUUCUGUAUCUCAACUCGAUUCGCCCCCUUCGCCUCACACACUGAAAGCUAUCCAGGCGGCCAUGAGUGACAGCUCGGAUGUGGAGACGGUGAAGCAGGAAGAGAGGGAUGUGUGUGUUUCUCCACGUACUGUGCUCGCCAUCCAACGAGCUCUGGCUGAGGAGGAUGAAGUUUAUGGAGUGAAGCAUACGACUCUAAGCAGCAGCUCUGCUACUAAGUUGCAAACCUCCAUCAGUAGUUCAGAGGAGGAGACGGAACCUGAUGCUAUGAGUAAUGUUGUCCAAGAAAAAUCUAAUUUUGAGGGAAACACAGUAGGGAAAAAAAACCCUGAUGACUUGUUAGUUAUUGGUUCAGAUUAUAUGGAUGAAGUCAUUGGAAAGAGAAAUAAAGCUUUUCACUUUGCAGCAGCUAUUCAUGAAUUGAAGGAAGGAUCUGACAGGCAAAAUGUGGGGGAUGAGAAGAGUGAGGUGAACAAGGACAAGGAAAUGCUCAAUGCGAACCUACUUGACGCAAGGCCAGUAAGUUGUAGUCAGACAAAGCCUGACGAGAGAGGUGACUCAGAGCAGAGAAUGAUGUUUGACAAGGAGCGUCAUGCUCAUUCUGAGGCAGCUGCUUGUGUGUCUGAGCAACUACAAGGAGAACCUCUUUGUGAGGCUCAAAGUCACCUGGAGCUGCCGAAGCAGAGAAAUAAUGAAUCCACUAUUCUACAGAGGAGCCUUGAUGUUAAGCCAGAAAGCACAGAUGACAGUGAAUCAGAAGAGAGCUUUGUUGAAGUAUCAGGAGAAGAACAUGAAGAGGAUGCAGAGGAGGUCCAUGAAGAUGAGACAAUGCAAGCGGAAAGUCAGUCCAAUGCUGCCACUAUUCCAGACGAGUCUUUGAAAUUAAAUGGAGAACAAGACAACAAAACACAGACUGAUGAGGAAGAAGAGUUGGACGAGGAAAAAGAGAAAGCAUCCUACUCAGCUCCUGCAAUCAAUGAAUGGCAAGAUUUUGAUGUGGAUGAGCUGCAGUCUCUGGAGAGCUCUCUGCAGGUGGAGCAGAGCAACCUGAAAGAGCAGAAACAGCAGCAGGAGAGGAUGGCCAACACCGUCACAGGGCAGAUGUACCUGGAGAGCCAGGAGCUCCUGCGGUUGUUCGGCAUUCCAUUCCUCGUGGCACCAAUGGAGGCCGAGGCGCAGUGUGCCGCACUCGACCGAGCCGACCACACCAACGGGACUAUAACUGACGACUCGGACGUUUGGCUAUUUGGAGGGCGACAUGUUUACAAGAACUUUUUCAGCCAGAAUAAAUAUGUGGAGCACUACCAGUACAGUGACCUGCAGAACCAAAUGGGGUUGGACAGGACCAAACUGAUAAACCUGGCUUACCUGCUUGGAAGUGACUACACAGAGGGCGUGCCCGGGGUUGGAUAUGUGACUGGCAUGGAAAUCCUGAAUGAAUUCCCUGGACAUGGGCUGGAGCCACUAACACAAUUCAGUAUGUGGUGGUCAGAGGCUCAAGAGAAAAAGCGUUUGACUGCUGAUCCUCGCGACACAAAAGUGAAAAAAAAGCUGAGGGAGCUCAAACUCCAGCCUGGAUUCCCAAACCCUGCGGUGGCUCAGGCUUACAUGCAGCCUGCUGUGGAUGAAUCGGACAGCUCCUUCAGCUGGGGCCGCCCUCAACUGGACAUGAUCAAAGAAUUCUGUCAAAGUCGUUUUGGUUGGGCCAGUGGAAAAACCGCAGAGACCCUUCAGCCUGUGAUCAAGCAACUUAACGCACAACAGACUCAGAUGCGGAUUGACGCAUUCUUUCGCAUGGAACAACAGGAAAAGCAGGUGAUUCGAAGUCAGCGUCUCCGACGUGCCAUCACCUGCAUAAAAAGAAAGGAGAACGAAGACGGAGAUGUGGAAUCUGACGAGGAAAUUGUGUCACCAUCCAAAUCCAAGAAAGGCAAAACAAUAGAACAGGGCCAGAAGAAAGCCGAAAAUGAAAAAAUUAGCAAACUGGCUGGGUGUGUGGGGAGAGGAGGGUUUUUGGGUUCUGAGGAAAUUGGAGAAACUGUGAUUACAUCUCUGAAUGAUGUAAGCUGCACUACGCAGGAGUCACACUUGACAAAGGCUAACAAGACUGUACCACAGCACAUGAGACAGAGCAGCAGCAGCUCUGGUGAGGACAGCGAAGAUAAUUAUGAUAAAGUUGCUAUGGUUACUGCCCAAUCUGUGUUCAAGGGAAGCAUGAGAGGUCGUGGUAAUAAAAGCAGGCGAGGAAGAGGACGAGGAAAGAAAAACUGAAACUUAAUUUUCAAGAGAAAUUCCAUCCAUCCAUCCAUUUUCUACACUGCUUAUCCUCAAUAGGGUCGCGGGCGUGCUGGAGCCUAUCCCAGCUAACUGCGGGCAGGAGGCGGGGUACACCCUGAACUGGUUGCCAGCCAAUCGGCACAUAUAAGCAAACAACCAUUCGCACUCACAUUCAUACCUACGGACAAUUUAGAGUCUUCCAUGCAUGUUUUUGGGAUGUAGGAGGAAACCGGAGUACUCGGAGAAAACCCAUGCAGGCAGAGGGAGAACAUGCAAACUCCACACAGGCGAGGCCGGAUUUGAACUUGGGUCCUCAGAACUGGAUGUGCAGUCGUUCACCGUGCCGUCUUUCAAGAGAAAUGAUUUUUGCAAAUUUUUUAGCAAUGUAUUUAAAACACUGUGCAUUAUUUAGACUGUAAUAAUCGAUUGUCUAGUAAUUAAAUUGAGAAAUAUGCACAUUCCUGAAAACAUUGUGAAGGCUUUUUGUAUGCCAAGAUUGACAUAUUUGAAACAAAGUACCAGUCAAAUGUGUGAACACACAUCAAUUCAAUGGGAAGGUUGAAAUGUGUGCCCAAACUGAGUACUACAAGUACUAUAGUAAUUUAUACAUUUAAUACCUUAAAGUGGAUGUUUGCAGUUUUUAGCCUCACUUCACUAGCCCACCCAAAACCGCUCCCCUCACUGACGUGCACGAGCAGGAUUCUCAAACAUGGCAUUUCAUUACAGCGUUCAGUUGUGAAAGUGUGCAGUGGGUGAUAAAAAGUCACAGAUACAAAAUAGCAGCAUUAGCAUUAGCACUGUAGACAAGCCAACAUUAGCUUACCACAACUGCUACAUUGGUAGCAUGACUAAUUUGUAAUGGGGUGUUCCAUAACACUAAAUUUACUGGUUUGUAGUUUUUUGUUGGAAUUUACAAUCAAUUAUUAUUCAAAAAGAGAUGAUAAACAUACCUGUUGACCACAAAAGUUGCUAAUUUCGUGUUGCUUCUGAAUCCUUUCAGUUCCCUUAGGUCUGCUUCUGUUUGCUAAUCUUAUGCCCAGGUGUUAGCAAAUUUUUCGGCAUUGUUUUUUUUUUUUUCUAGAAGUGGAUAUUCCAUAAUAGUUCCAGAAAAAAGUCCUCAAGCCCAAGCUAACAAAUCAACGGGGAGGUCGGGUGACUGGUUAUGAAUGUGCACAAGUGCAUGGCAAAUGAUUGACACCUCUUCGGUCAUGCCUUCUGUCUCUGAUAGGUUAUUCUUUCUCGGGUGUGCUGGUUUUAAAAACAAAACAAAACUGCAUACUCUCUCUUUUUUAAUUAUAAUAAGCCUGCAGUUCAGUGUAGUUUUUCACCCUAGGCCUCUGAACUCUCAAGCUGCCUCAUAAAACACCUUAGUGCAUGGUGCGGCUUUUUCAUAGACAAAACUUGUUCUUUAUUUAUAAACCUCUAGGUAGAGAAUCACGGUGUCUGUAUUUUAAGCCAGAAAGCUGUCCUAUUUACUGCAGCUCAGUUGUCGGACCUUGCAGCUGUCUCUGUCAGUCAACGCUUGGAGUCUCUGAGAACUGAAAAUGCACUGGGGAGGUCAGGUGGAGUGUUUGGAUAAGAAGAUGGGAAAUGCUGGAUUUGGUGGUAUGCAUGUGUGUGUGUGUAACCUAAAACGAGGCCAUAUCUAGUGGCCAGCCAGAGAUUUUGUCCCAUAGUGACCUCAUCCCAAAGAACUUUAGCUUGACCAGAAACCAAAAACGACUCUUGAAGUCCGCACAUUUCUCGUGUGUGAUCUCGUCCUCUCAUUUGAACAU